GUUAAGUGGGGCAAUUCCCGCUCCAGCGAGGCGUGUGGGUACACAGGCUGCGGAUGGGCGAAGAUCGCAGGAAGUCGCUUUCGGGAGGCAACUUGAGAACCUUUGAUUUCUGUUCCCGCGCACGGAUCGAAGUUCUUUAUCUUGUUUUCAUAUGAUGACAUUCUCUGCAAGUGGACACACGACAUUCACGCGUUCUCCUGGGCUGACAAGAGGCAAAUCGCAGUCGUGAAGCGCAUAUGGCCGGUCGGAGCGCAGCCGAGCGUUGAGUCGAGGAAUCUGGAUCACUUGACUGUGUUUGUACACAGGCUCCGAGCAACAAGCUUUCGGGACCGCUGCAACACUACGCGUCAAACCACCUGACUGUGAUCUAGCAGAACUGUUUCAGUGACGUUUGAUGAUCGCAGAGUAGCUUCAGUUGUUUACCUGCGUGCCCUUACGACGGCUAAUAUCGAGCAUCCAAACAUCGAUGGAAUCUAGUCUUUUUGGGUUCGAGCCUGUUGAAUCUCUGUCCAGUCCCCAACGAAACAGUGAACCAAGGACGGGGCCGAAUGGCGCGCAUUGUGGUUCCACGAAAUACUGUAAGGAGUGGUUCUCACUCUUCGAGUUGGGGAACAUCACCCACAAGCUCCACAACAAGGCUAUGUCAUUGGAGCUGGCUGACUGCAAGUUCAGGAGCAUAUGCUGGAAGGUAUUUCUUGAGUGCCUUCCAGACUCGCGAGAUGACUGGAUAUGUGUAACCCGGUCCAUGAGACAGAAGUAUGAAUCGCUUCUUGAAAAGACGUGCCAGAAUCCAAGACUAGAGCCUGAGGAUCUCGAUCUGUCACAUAACAACCCGCUCUCCCAAGAAGAAAGCAGUCCCUGGCACCAGUUUUUCGAGGAUAGUGAACUUCGGGUUGUGAUCAAACAGGAUGUCAUCCGGACAUUUCCUGAAAUAGAGUUCUUCCAGACUAGCGAUGUGCAACAGAUGAUGGUAAAUGUGCUGUUCCACUAUGCACGGCAACACCCCCAGAUCUCCUACAGACAGGGCAUGCAUGAACUCUUGGCGCCAAUUAUUUUUGUUCUGCACAGCGACCAACAAGCAUUCCUUCAUGCCUUGGAGCUAGGCUUCAUCAAGGAGCUUCCUUCGAAUUUGCGGGAGGAUAUAAGGGAGCUUCUGAAUCCAGACUUCACUGAACACGACGCUUUCUUCCUGUUUUGCCAAGUGAUGGAGGCAGUCGAGUCAUGGUACACCUGGACUGAAAAUUACACAAAGCUGGACCAGUUCAGCUUCAUGCCAUUUUCCAAGACAAACCUUUUGGGUGUUCACAAUGGGCUUGGUGUGAAGCUCUGCAAGAUAAACCAAGCAAUGCUCAAAACACAGGACCCUGCAGUGUUUGCCCACCUGGAGAACAUGGAGAUUCCCCUGCAUGUCUUCGGGAUACGAUGGCUGAGGUUGCUGUUUGGGCGCGAGUUCAUCCUGCCUGAGCUACUCAUCCUUUGGGAUGCCAUCUUUGCAGACAGCCUGGCAUUCAACCUGGUGGAUCACAUCUUUGUAGCAAUGCUCACCUGCAUUCGAAAGUUGUUGCUGAAUGCAGAUUAUGCACAGUGCCUGAGCUAUCUAAUGAAGUACCCAGCUGGCAGGAAAGUCACCUACAUACUCCAACUGGCCCUGCACAUGAAGGAUCCAAAGAAGUAUGUGAAGCCGGCCGAGCAGGAGUUGGAUGUCUAUGGCUUCAGUACCGCUCCAAGGGGUUCAGCAAAGUAUGCUAGGCAGAUGGACUGUGGCCUACCAACUGCUCCAGUCAGGCCCACCACCCUGGGCAUUUCAACACAAGGCUUCCGGGCCAACAGUGAACCAACAACCCUGGAAUCUGACUCUGACGUGUCUGACGAGGCCAGCGCGCCAGCAGGUAGAAGCAAAGGCAAGUCCCCGGUCAAGGGGCAGCGCAGGCCGAACCAGGUGUGGUCUUUCAAGGGCAUCAAGAAGACUGCCAUCACUCAGAGCCUGAACCUGCUGGCCAAUGGGAACGGAGACGCACUCAGCGAGAAGGAGAUGGUGCAGUUAAAUGCGUCCAACCGCAGAGUCGGCGACCCGAGCACCUCUUUGAGAGACGCUCAUAGGGCACCUGGCACGGAGCUGUCGGCCCUGCGGAAGGAGGUGCGCGAGAUGCGGUCUGUCAUGGACACCUGCUGGCGCCAGAUGAGCUCUAACCUGAGCCUGCUGCAGGACUGCGUACUGUCCCAGAGCCAGGAAAGGGAGCACGACAUCGUCCUGGCUUUGGCCAGGCUCAAGAGGGUGCGAGACACUCUGAAAGGCGCGAUCGAGUGCACAGACUCGAGCCAGGAAGAAGAGGAUGGUAAUCCAGACUAUGUGAUGGAGGAAUGGACUCUCGUAUCCUCCGACGAGCCGGGGAGGAUUGAAGGGGCGGCCGUCAUGCGAGACGCGGACAGCGUCUCCCUGGGCUCCUGGGGGAGUGGGGACCGCACAAGCCUGCUGCUGAGGGACAGCGACCCCCACACCCAGGAGGUGAAGAAGCAGUUCCUUACGGCCCUUGUUCAAAACCAGAAGGGGCCGUCCCCCGGACACGUGGAGCAGGCGGCGGCGGCCACGGAGGCCCCCAGUUGAUGAGGGGGCUCCAGUCCCUUUCUCGUGUGCCCGGUAUUGGCCACGCCGGUCGACACAUUGCUUCGCAAUCGUUUCGGGUGGCCGCCCUUGGCUCAGGAAGGGAAAGAUUUUGACUACAGGCUAUAUAUAUUUUGUGCAGUUGUAAAGGUUUUUUCUCUGCCUGGUUUCACUUCUGGGUUUUCGAUCUUCGACAAUGCGAGCCGGCGAAACAUGCUUGCCGUUGCUGGAGUGGAGUUUUGCACGGUGACGACUCUUCUCAAACUUUUUAUCUCGCCUUGGCCAAGAUUGAGACGAGAGCUCGUAUUAUUAUUUUUGUUAUUUUUUAUUAGCCGGUGGUAUUGAAGCGAAGUAGACUGUCCCCUCUCAUAUUUGCUUUGGUCGCGUAACAUUGUCGGACGGUUGUGUUGAUCGAGAUCUUGACUACAAGCUACUGGAGCAUUUAUUCGGAGGUACGGGGAAUGUUGAGCAUAUCAAGCAAAGGAGUAUGAAUGGUAUUUUAUACAUACACUUCUAUUAUUUACUAUUCCACUUUCAACUUCGAGAUUUGUGUAGGAGUGACAAAAUAUAAUGUGUCGGCAGAAGAUGAAUUUUGAAAUAUACUGUGGCACGUUGCAGGUUUACGUUUAUUUAUUUUCUGCAGACCUUGAGGUCCUGGAAAAGCACUUCUAAAAGUUGACUGGAUAAUUGUGCUUGUCACUGGUUGCUAUGGGGCAUCCGUCAUGUUAAACAAGAAUUUAAGAACAAAAUGUGUACUUGUGGUGGAAAUACCUUGUGAAAUCUCUCGCACUUGCUUAGACUAACUACAUUUGACAGCAGUAGCUUUUCUUUCUUUAAGAGCUGUCAGUGCCGUGACCUUGGGUCACAGUCUACCCUGAAUAUUGUCAUUUCCAACACUCAGUCUUCAGGCUGAGCUAAUAGUGAAAGCUCAAAUUUGACUGGCACAUAACUGUAGAUGUUCAGAACCAAUGUCUAGCUCAGGGGUUCUCAAACUGGGUUCCGGGGAACACAGGGGUUCCAUGAGCUGGCCUCAUGGGUUCUGCAAACGCCCAAAUUGCAACCCCCCCUCCCCCGCCGCAGGCUGCGCGGCAGGACCAUGCAAAGCGCCUUCAUCUCACUUUGUACUGACAUCGCGAUUGAUAUCGUGGGGAUAUAUGGGAAGCAGCACAAGCAAAAUUGCCUACAAUUGUGCAUCUGUUGCUUCUCGUUCGGCAAAUAUAGAGGGAGGGGGAGGGUUCCGCAGCAGUUUUUGAGGCUUUCUGGGGUUCCGCGAGACCAAAAAGUUUGAGAACCCCUGGUCUAGCUUAUUAUACAUACUUUACAGUGGUAGCUGUUAGUGCCCCUUCCUGGCAGAAAAUGCUCAUGCACGAACGCACAAUCCCACUCUACAGCAGAGGCACUGCUCUCCCUCUCCGUCGUUCCCCCACACAUACGUACAUAGCCACUGCAAGAAUGCUCUCUCUCGCUCCCCCCCCCCCUUAUCCCCUGUAGGCCACCGCUGUUCCGAAAAAUCCACGUGAUCACAGGGACAGCGCUCUCUGCCUCCUCAUUGUUCUUGCUACAUCCACAUACCCUACGGCAAUGCUCUCCCUUAUUCAUCCCCCACCCCUCCGGCAGCCGCCAUUGCAAAAUACCCACAUGGUUGCGUUUACUGCGGACACGCUUCCUCGUCUCUCCACUACCGCCGCCCAGGUUCCGUUAUCGCCCCCGUUCUGAAAGGGUGUUUCAGCCAAAGAAAAAGCCCGUCUCUUGUGUCCUUCUCCCUCACAUGCAACAUCUCGCACAAUGGUUCUACCAAAGCACAUAUCUCUUCACGUGCGUCUCCGACAUCAAUUCCCCUGAACGAAAAGAACGCAUUGCAAACAUUAUACAGCACACCGGCUGAAGGCAAAUCUCCUUCCACAUACCUUUCCACAGUGCAGCAGCUACCGCUGUCAAUCACAGUACGCUUUGUGUGAUUGUUUGCAAUUCUUUUUUUCUAAGUACCUUUCCAGUUUUCCAUUGAAGUAACUGCUUUCAAUCUAGAUUAUAUCUUAUUAGUUCAAGAGGAGUUGGAAAGCACACUGCUAAAGAGGCAUCCAGCUGUUUGUGGACACUGAAAAUAAAUGAAUGAAUGAAUAUUGCCAUGUCUGUAGUAACUUGUAAAAUCUCGCCAUGCUAUCGCUACAGCCCGAGGGAAAAUAUUUUUUUGGUGACAUUAUUUUAUGGUUAUCUCAAGUGGCCCGAACUCAAUCUUGAAUAAAGAUGUGCAUAUCACCAA